AUGAGUCGAAAUAUAUCAAAUGUUCGACGUAAAGAUGAUUUGGACGAAUAUUGGUUUGAAAAAAUUGCUGUUACAACAAAGACUGCUGAAGAAAUUCGUGAACAUACAAUUCAAGAAGAUCUACCACCUGUCGCCAGAACAUUAACCAUGCUUGAUUCUCGAUGUGAUAUUCAACGUGGUGUUGGUAUUCGUUCUAUUCCAUCUGUAAUUAUUUCUGAUCGAGAUGAAACAUUUCGUCGUAUAUUACCUAUAUUUAAAUUAAUUAUUGAACAAACAGUUGAUAGUGGAGAACAUUCCGUAGCAGCAGAAACAAUUGUUUCUCUAAUACAACAACAAUCAUUAUCUUAUUCGGAAUUUAUGUCAUUAUUUUCACAAACGAUUUGCACAUUAUUAUUUCCGGCUACUACGAACCGUUUUUCAUUAGAUUUUGGUGAUAUAUGGUGUCAAACAUUAUGCAAUAUAAUUGAUGCUUUUCCAAAUACAACUUCAUUUACUUCGUUACUUGAUUUAAUCUUUAAUAAUAGUUUACAUGGUUCAUAUGUUCGAGAUCGAUUAGCAAUAAUUUUAGCUAAAUUAUCAUGUCGAUUGAAUUCACAAAUCAUUGAAAAUCGUUUAUUGCCUGUAUUCAAAAAUUUUAUCAAUGAUACUAAUGCUGAUAUUCGUGCACUUGCUUGUCAAAAAUUACCAAUUCUUGCUCAAUCAUUCGAUUAUAGUCAAAUAUUAAAUUUGAUAUUACCAUUACUUGUUAUAUUAUCUAAAGAUGAUAAUUUAACUGUACGUCAAACAUGUUUUGAAUCCUUACUUGAUCUUAGUAAUAAUUUCGAUGAUUCGAGAUCCAUUGAGCAAAUUAGUGAAAUGAUUAUUUCACUUAUCAAAUUUGGUUUAUCAUCAAGAACAUCGAAAUUUGUUACAACAAUUGCAUUACGUCUUUCUGAUUUAUGUCAUGCAUUGAUUAUUUUUCAAAUUGAUGAAUAUAAAUUCAUUUAUGAAGUUUUUUUACGAUUAAGUCAAGAAAAAAAUUUUCCAGAGUGUCGAUUAGCUUGUGCAAAACAUUUUUCGUCAAUUAUUGAUUAUCUUGGUCAUGAUGAGUUAACAAAUGAAUUAGAAAAAUUAUUUUUUGAUUUAUGUCAUGAUAAUGAUACAAAAAUUUGUUCAAUUAUGCCAUCAACAAUAAUUAAUCUUACAAAAUUAUAUAAUAAUAAUAAUAAUAAAGAAGAGAAAUAUAUGUCAAUAAUAUGGAAUGGUUUUUUAUUGUUAUUAAAUAAUUCACAUUUUGAUGUUAUGCUUUCAUUAGCAAGAAAUUUAUUAAAUAUUUUUAUUGCAUUUUCAAGAGAUGAAAAUGAAGGUUUUUUACAUGGAUCAAUUUGUUCAAUACCAACAAUUGCUGAUUCAGAAACAUUUAUAAAUCAACUAUUAGAAUAUGAACGACGAAUAUUUGAAAAUACACUAUCAUGGCGUUCAUGUAUAUUAUGUCUUCAAGCAUUUGUUCAUUUAUCAUAUUUAUUAUCAAGUGAACAAAUUCAAACAAAAAUUUUACCACGUAUUUUGUCGCGUAUAUAUAGUAAACAAGUUUGUGUACGUGAAAUAGCUGUUGAUAGUUAUGUUCAAUUAUUAAGAAAAAUUCCACGACGAUCAAUAAGACGAGGUGCAUUUCAAAAAUUAAAAACUGAUCUUUUAUUUAAUAAAUCUUAUCAAUGGCGUAUUAUGUAUAUAAGAGUAUGUCGACAAAUACUUGUUCAUUAUUCAAAACGAUUUUUUAAAGAAAAUUUUCUUGAUACAAUUCUUUCAAUUGAAUAUGAUCCUGUUUUAAGUGUUCGAAUUCAAUUAGUUCCAUUACUUAUUGAAAUAAAAUCUAUUCUUCGUUUGCCAGCUGAUAGUCAAUCAAUAUUAAAAAUAGAAACAAUGAUGGAAUAUUUUCUUGCUGAUAAAACAUUAACAUUACAUGAUCUUGCAAAUAAUGGUCUUUUACAAUUAGAUCAAAUACGUUCAUAUAAUAUAUUACCAGUAUUUUCAAAUCAUUCAUCUGAUGAUAAUAAUGAUAAAAAAAAAGAAAAUGAAGAAUAUUCACUUGAUGAAAUUGAUAUAUCAUCACGUCGUUCAUUAAGUAAAUCAAAUGAUCAAUAUACAAUAUCAAAACGUCUUACAGAUACAUCAAUAUCAAAUAAACAAACAACACCAUUACGAAGUGCAAGAUUAUUAAAAACAUCAUUGGAUAUUCCUCAACGAAAAUCAUCCUUACCUGCAGAUACAAAUAAUGAAAUGAAAGAUAAUAAAAUUUCUUUAAUAAAACAACGACGUCGACAAACUUUUACUGAUAAUACAAUGUCAACAACAUCGUCACGUUUGUCCAAUCAAACACCAACAAAGAAAAAUUCCAAAUGUAAGAAUAUUUGA